GGAGUGUUUGGAAGAUAAGAGCAGCACGUGACCUGCAGGUGGUCAUAAAGAAGCUAACACAUAAAAUAAACGUGCUCACGCCUCACUAAGUCUGGUUUGUUGACGCACAAGACAAAGAGCACCAUGGCCAAACAUCAUCACGCUGGACGUCUUGUCCUCAUUCUGCUGUCUGUCUUCCUCUUCGUCCUGAGUCUGCUCUUCAACGGCCUCUCUGUUACGGCAUUAAGUCCUUUCAGCACCACCACAGGCAACGUGUCCGCAGUCUUUGAGACGGAGAUCACGCCUUCAGGAUGGACCUUCAGCAUCUGGAGCGUGAUCUACGUGUGGUUGACCCUCAUGCUCAUCUACAUCCUGGCUAACCUUUGCAGAAAGAACGCCUACGGUUACGUUUACUGCAGCCCUCCGGUCUUGCCUUAUGGCUUCUUCCUUUGCUGGUGUCUCAAUCUGGUCUGCAAUAUUUCCUGGCUGCUGGUUUGGGAUCGAGGGCUGAUGAUUGCAGCGCUGGUUUUUCUCAUCCUGGUCGCCGGCACCAACUACGCCACCAUCGCCUUCGCCUGCCACGGCCUCCACGUUUAUGGACCCUGGCUGAAGAAGUACCACAACGCAGACCUGUGGCUCAUUCGCGUCUUGGUCCAGAACGGUGUGAUGAUCUACACAACCUGGACCACCAUCGCCACGCUCAUCAACCUGACCAUUGUGCUGACGUACGAAGCCAAGAUGGCACCUGCUGACGCCGCCACCGUCUCGUAUUGCGCCCUCACCCUCGUGCUGCUCGUGUGGUUCUUCGUGGAGAACGUGGUCCUGGACAAACACGUGCGCUACAUCCUCAUAAACUACCCGGUGGUGAUCUGGGCGCUGGCGGGGAACUUUGACAAGAACUACGACGCGGCGGCACCAAGUCGCAGUGGCAUCUUCAUCGUCGUGCUGCUGGCCGCGGCGUCCUUCAUGUUUGCCGUACGCCUGGUUCUUGUGUUUUGGCGUCACUGCAAACAGCCGCUCUACGACAACGUCAGGCCCGAGGCCAUGGAGCCCAUGGAGGCCGCUCAGAACCAAAGGAAGGCACUUCGAUAGGUUCUGAUAGAAGUAGCUGGCUACUUCUGUUUCCUAAACUCUUAAUCAUUAACAGGAUAUGAUUAUCUUACAUGAUCAUUUAUUGUUCCUGGAUGAUCUCUGAACCUUUAUGCAAGUCUUACAUACUGAUCAUAAACACUGCAUGCCUAUUCAAUCACGCUCCAAUUCUCAUGUCAAUGUAUUUUUUUUGGAAAUAAACCAUGUCCAAGAUACUGUUCUAAAAGGAGUAUUUGCUCCUUUGUUUACAAUCAAAUGUUUACA